UCCGCGGCCGGCCGCCCCCCGGCCCCCGGGAGGGCGCGGCGGGCGGGCGCGAUGGCCCCGCGGCUGCCCGCGCUGCUGCUCGUGGCGGCGGCGCUGAGCCGGCCCGCCGCGCCCUGCCCGUUCCAGUGCUACUGCUUCGGCAGCCCGCGGCUGCUGCUGCGCUGCGCGCCGGGCGCCGAGCUCCGGCAGCCGCCGCGGGACGUGCCGCCCGACGCGCGCAACCUCACCAUCGUGGGCGCCAACCUGACGGUGCUGCGCGCGGCCGCCUUCGCCGGCGGCGCGGCCGACGGGGACCCCGAGCCCGCGGCGCCCGGCGUGCGCCUGCCGCUGCUCACGGCGCUGCGCCUCACGCACAACAACAUCGAGGUGGUGGAGGACGGCGCCUUCGACGGGCUGCCCAGCCUGGCGGCGCUCGACCUGAGCCACAACCCGCUGCGCGCGCUGGGCGCCGGCGCCUUCCGCGGGCUGCCCGCGCUGCGCUCGCUGCAGCUCACGCACGCGCUGGCGCGCGCCGGCCCCGCGCUGCUGGCCGCGCUGGACGCCGCGCUGGCGCCGCUGCACGAGCUGCGCCGCCUGGGGCUGGCCGAGAACGCGCUGGGCCGCCUGCCGCCCGCGCGCCUCGAGCAGCUGGACGCGCGGCGCAACGCGCUGGCCGGCCUGGGCCCCGACGAGCUGCGCGCGCUCGAGCGCCCCGGCGGCCGGCCCGCGCCGCGCCUGCUGCUGGCCGGCAACCCGCUGCGCUGCGACUGCGCCGCGCGCCCCCUGCUGGCCUGGCUGCGCAACGCCACCGAGCGCGUGGCCGACUGGCGGCGGCUGCGCUGCGCCGCGCCGCGCGCGCUGCUCGACCGGCCCCUGGCCGAGCUGGACGACGCGAGCCUGAGCUGCGGCGCCGAGGACGCCGAGCCGGCCGGCCCGGAGCUCGAGGCCUCGUACGUCUUCUUCGGGCUGGUGCUGGCCCUCAUCGGCCUCAUCUUCCUCAUGGUGCUCUACCUGAACCGCCGCGGCAUCCAGCGCUGGAUGCGCAACCUGCGGGAGGCCUGCCGGGACCAGAUGGAGGGGUACCACUACCGCUACGAGCAGGACGCCGACCCGCGCCGCGCGCCCGCGCCCGCCGCGCCCGCCGGCUCCCGCGCCACCUCCCCGGGCUCGGGCCUCUGAGCG